GGUCAAUUGAAAACCACAUAUCUUGUCAAUAAGUGGAUCCUCCUAGGAUCAUCAAAUAGUAAAUAUGGCAUCCAACUCAAUCAAUAUUGCCUUCAGGUCUGCAGGACCUAGAGCCCGCGCAAUUCCUUCUCUGCGCUGUUCUCAGCGACCGUCAAUCCUCCACAGACAGCCCGUGUUUCGGCAAGCAAGCUUGAGGUAUGCCUCGGAUACUGCCGCGGAGACAACGGAGACCGUGAAGGAGACCGUGAAGGAGGCACCUAAGAAGGCGGGCCGGGGACUCCGGAGGACCGUUAUCGGUACUUCCUUGGCUCUUACCCUUCUAGUUGGCUUCGUGUAUGGAACGGAUACUAGGGCUAGUGUUCAUCGGUAUGGCGUGGUCCCUCUGAUUCGGCUGUUGUACCCUGAUGCGGAGGAUGCGCACCAUAUCGGAGUGGAUGCUUUGAAGAAUCUUUACAAGUUUGGACUUCAUCCUAGAGAACGGGGGAACCAGGACGGUAAUGGCGUCCUCGCAACCGAGGUCUUCGGAUACACCCUUACCAAUCCGAUUGGUAUUUCCGCUGGACUUGACAAGCACGCUGAAAUCCCGGACCCGCUCUUUGAGAUCGGACCUGGAAUCGUCGAAGUGGGUGGUACCACUCCGCUACCACAAGAAGGUAACCCCCGACCUCGUGUCUUCCGGCUCCCGUCCCAGAAAGCGAUGAUCAACCGAUAUGGUCUCAACUCCAAGGGCGCCGACCAUAUGGCAGCUGUUCUCCAACAGAGAGUCCGCGACUACGCAUAUGCCCAUGGAUUCGGAGCGCAUGACCUGGCCGAGGAGCGUGUCCUGAACGGCGAAGCUGGUGUUCCCCCAGGCAGUCUCCGGCCAGGAAGACUCCUCGCUGUUCAGGUCGCAAAGAACAAGGUGACGCCAGAUGCCGACAUCGAAGCCAUCAAGCGUGACUAUGUGUACUGCGUUGAUCGGGUGGCCAAAUACGCCGAUAUCCUCGUGGUGAAUGUUUCCAGCCCCAACACCCCCGGCCUGCGUGAUCUCCAGGCGACUGCCCCUCUUACCGCCAUCCUGAAGGCCGUCGUCAGUGCAGCACAGAGCGUCGACCGCAAGACCAAGCCACGUGUCAUGGUCAAGGUCAGCCCCGACGAGGACGCCGACGAACAAGUCUCCGGUAUCUGUGCCGCAGUCCAGGGCUCUGGUGUCGACGGUGUAAUCGUGGGGAACACAACCAACCGCCGCCCUGAACCCCUGCCGAAGGGCGUACCCCUCCCCGCGAAAGAACAGACCACCCUGAAAGAGACCGGUGGUUACUCUGGCCCUCAACUCUUCGACCGCACCGUGGCCCUGGUAGCUCGGUACAGAGCUCUCCUCGACCAAGCGCCCGUUACGUCAGAACUCGCUGAAGCUGCUCAGGAGGCUACUUCGAAACUGGUACAGGCGGAACCUGACUCGGAAAACGUUCCUCCAGUGGAAGCUCCCAAUCCCGCUAACCAAGUUCCCCGUAAAGUCAUCUUCGCUUCGGGAGGUAUCACUAACGGCAAGCAGGCUCAGGCUGUCCUUGAUGCUGGUGCCUCCGUCGCUAUGAUGUAUACGGGCGUUGUGUAUGGUGGAAUCGGCACCGUGACUCGUGUAAAGCAGGAGAUGCGCGAGGAGAAGAAAGCUUAG